ACGUCAUUGCAUUGUUGCAUGUUUAUUGUCUAACACUUAAUAGGUUGUACGAUUCUUAACACGGUUUUUUUAUAUCAUUUCUGUCAUUGACAGAAAUUUAUUAAAGAUUAUAAAAUUAUGCAAGUCUUUGUUUCCUAUUUGUUAACUCUGGUUCAUGACUUUAUGAUUCUGAACUAAAUUUCAAAUCAUUAAUACGUUAGCAGCUUUCUGAAACGUUGAUUAGUACAUAAGCAUAUGUAGUUUUAGCUGUUUUUUUCUUGAUUUAGUGACUUGUUUGUGAAUUUCAGAAACCGAGAAAGGCGUGUUUGAUGACGUUUUGGGUGUUAAGUUAGAUAUGGAUAGCGAGCCAUGGCCUUCUACAUCAGACGCUGCAAAAGAUCUGAUCAGAAAAAUGCUUACUUAUGACCCUAAGGAACGGAUUACAGCUGCUGAGGCCCUUGAACAUCCAUGGUUGAAAGAAGGUGGUCAAGCAUCAGAAAAGCAUCCAGACAGUGCUGUUUUAAGUAGGAUGGAAAAGUUCAAAGCAAUGAACCAGAUGAAGAAGCUUGCAAUGAAGGUAAUAGCAGAAAAUCUUUCAGAGGAAGAAACAAAGGGCCCCAGACAAAUGUUCAACAAUAUGGAUACUGAUGGCAGUGGCACUAUCACAUUUGAAGAACUCAAAUCUGGAUUAUCCAGAUUGGGUUCCCUGCCUAGUGAAUCUGAAAUAAGGCAGCUAUUGAAUGCUAUUGGUAAUGACAAGAAUGGAACAAUUAACUAUUAUGAAUUCGUUGCUGCCACCAUGGAUCGACACAGACUGGAGAUGGGGGGGAGUUUGUUCAAGGCUUUUCAUUACUUUGACAAGGAUGACAAGGGUUAUAUAACGAGAGAUGAACUUAGGGAAGCUAUCACUGUACACCAAAUGGGAGAUGAAGCUACGAUAGAUGGAGUCUUCGAGGAUGUAGACUCUGACAAAGAUGGGAAAAUUAACUAUGAGGAAUUUAUGAGCAUGAUGAGAAACGAAUGCUGAAUAACUAUGACAAACGAUAAGAUCAGCUAAACGCACUACUACAGUCUAAUUCCAAAUUACCGUAUUCUCUAUAAGACAAAAGCAAAACUCCCACAGUCAUUUCAAACACAUUAGUAAUGUUAUUACACAGAUAAUUUUAUAUACAACAUGUUUUUUAUAUACACGAUAAACUUGUUAUCAGAACUUGUCAACAAAUUUUCUAGUAUGCGAGUUCAGCAGCUGCGUGGUUGAACUGAUAUUCCACAUCAA